CAAACCAACCACCACUAGCGGUUGGAAAUUUUAAAUUGGAAAACCAUAGCGAGCUCAAACCAUCAAAACAUCGUCAUCCGCUCUCACUCACUCUCUCUCACUACUCUUGGCCGGCCUGCAAUUUGUCUCGUACUCUUCCAAACAGAAUCUCUCUCUCUCUCUCUCUCUCUCUCUCUACAAUGGUCUUCUCUCCUUUAAACCUCUUCACCCACCUAGGGUUUCCUCCGAACCAAAAACCAUCUCUUCUUUUUCUUCAUCAUCCAUGGCUUCUACAUUUCCCGUCAAUUCAGUCACCUUCUUCAUUGUCCUCCUCAGCUUCUGUAUUUUAUCAGUGACUCAAUCAUCGACGAUCGGAGUCAAGUACAUCUCACGCCUCCUCGAAAUUCAGGACCAAGAGAGAGCUCUUCCUUCAGUCCAACUAUCCGCCGCUCGCGGCGUCCUCAAUCGCCUCAUUCCUUCACACUCAUCGAGCUUCGAGUUUCGGAUCGUAUCUAAGGAGCGUUGUGGUGGAGAAUUGUGCUUUAUUAUAAACAAUCAUCCUUCAGUUGGUGAACACGGCGCUCCAGAGAUUUUAAUUAGUGGGGUCACUGGAGUAGAGCUUUCAGCUGGUCUGCACUGGUACUUGAAGCAUUGGUGUGGGGCUCAUAUAUCAUGGGAUAAAACUGGUGGGGCACAACUAUCUUCAGUACCUAAAUCAGGCUCUCUUCCUCAUGUUCAAGGCGAUGAAAUUUUAGUUCAGAGGCCUAUUCCUUGGAAUUACUACCAGAAUGCUGUUACAUCUAGCUAUACAUUCACCUGGUGGGACUGGGAAAGAUGGGAAAAGGAGAUUGACUGGAUGGCUCUCCAAGGUAUCAAUUUGCCUCUAGCUUUCACUGGGCAAGAGGCUAUUUGGCAAAAAGUCUUUCAGCAGACUUUCAAUAUUAGCAGUUCAGAUUUGAAUGAUUUUUUUGGAGGGCCUGCUUUUCUUGCAUGGUCACGGAUGGGAAAUCUUCAUGGAUGGGGCGGACCUCUACCUCAAAGUUGGUUAGAUCAACAACUAACUUUACAGAAGAAAAUUCUUGCCAGAAUGUAUGAAUUUGGGAUGACUCCAGUUCUUCCAGCUUUCUCUGGAAAUGUUCCUGCAGCAUUGAAAAGUAAAUUUCCAUCUGCACGAAUAACACGUUUAGGAAAUUGGUUUACUGUUGGCGGUGAUUAUAGAUGGUGCUGCACUUAUCUUCUUGAUGCAACUGAUCCUUUAUUUGUUGAAAUUGGGAAAGCAUUUGUUCAACAGCAAUUGAAAGAAUAUGGAAGGACUAGCCACAUUUACAACUGUGAUACUUUUGACGAAAACACUCCACCUGAUGAUGACCCAGAGUACAUUUCUUCUUUAGGUGCUGCAAUUUUUAGGGGAAUGCAAAGCGGCGAUAACAACGCAGUUUGGCUAAUGCAGGGAUGGCUUUUCUCAUAUGAUCCAUUCUGGAGGCCUCCACAGAUGAAGGCACUUCUACAUUCUGUUCCUGUUGGAAGAAUGGUUGUCCUUGAUCUCUUUGCAGAAGUGAAACCUAUAUGGCCUACUUCAGAGCAGUUUUAUGGUGUUCCUUACAUCUGGUGUAUGCUGCACAAUUUUGCUGGGAACAUUGAGAUGUAUGGCGUCUUAGAUGCUGUAGGAUCAGGACCUAUUGACGCCCGAAUGAGUGAAAACUCAACAAUGGUUGGUGUUGGAAUGUCGAUGGAGGGUACUGAACAAAAUCCAGUUGUUUAUGAUCUUAUGGCUGAAAUAGCAUUUCAACAUAAUAAAAUCGAUGUGAAGAUGUGGAUUGAUAUUUAUUCAAGACGACGUUACGGGAAAUAUGUUUCAUCAAUGCAAGAUGCCUGGGAUAUACUAUAUCACACAGUUUACAAUUGCACAGAUGGUGCCUAUGAUAAAAACAGGGAUGUAAUUGUGGCAUUCCCAGAUGUUGAUCCCUACAUCAUUUCUUCAUCACAAGCGUCCAUACGAAAAAGAUAUCACCAUAAUAGAAAACUGAUAUCCAGGGGAGCUUUCCUAAAAGAAACAGCUGAUGAUUCCUAUGAUCAUCCUCAUCUGUGGUAUUCAACUUCAGAAGUAUUACAUGCUUUAGAACUUUUCAUCAAAAGUGGGGAUGAACUAUCAGGAAGUAACACUUACAGGUAUGACCUUGUCGACCUAACAAGACAAGCUUUGGCGAAAUAUGCAAACCAAUUGUUCAUACAGGUUAUAGAAGCUUAUCAAUUAGAUGAUGUACACGGAGUUGCUCACUACAGCCAAAAGUUUCUAGGGCUCGUGGAAGAUAUGGACACACUUUUAGCUUGUCAUAAUGGAUUUCUUCUAGGACCUUGGCUAGAGAGCGCAAAGCAACUUGCUCAAGACAGAGAGCAGAAAAAGCAGUAUGAGUGGAAUGCAAGAACUCAAAUAACUAUGUGGUUUGACAACACAGAGGAGGAGGCAAGUCUGCUUCGUGACUAUGGAAACAAGUACUGGAGUGGGCUUCUACGAGAUUACUAUGGCCCCAGAGCAGCCAUAUAUUUCAAAUUUCUGACAGAGAGUUUGGAGAGGGGUGACGAUUUUCGCAUGGAAGAUUGGAGGAAGGAAUGGAUUAAGCUUACAAAUGAUUGGCAAAGCAGUACGAAUUUGUAUCCGGUGCAAAGCAAUGGAGAUGCUCUCGACACAUCCAAGUUGCUUUACAACAAAUACUUGAAGGAUCCAGACACUUACGACCACUAAAUGGCACCAACUUCGUGCAUAAGAAGUGGUUGAUAUGCGAUCAAAUGAAUCUCUAGUGAAGAGGCAAGUUACAUUAAAAAAAAAAAUUUCAUGUAAUUGUGUUCUAUCCUUGCUUUGCUGAUAAUGUCUCUUGUUUUCUCUCUCCUUUAGUUUUCAGUUUUAUUUGUGCUGAUCCACUAAAAAAAUUCACAUGUGCCUCAAAUUGUCAGAAUCUAUUGGUCUUGUAUGAAUGAAGUCAUGCUAGCAUAUAUGCUUGUGCAGUUGCUUUUGAGAAGAGAAUUACUGUCAUAAUCUAGCUUUGUUCAUCCUCUUCAUUGAACCUAAAAUAUAUAAGAGGGUAAAUCACACCAUUGGUUAUUUUUGUUCAA